AUGCCCGUUGGAUGUUUAAAGCUCAUAUCUAUCGACCUCAGAAAUGCAAGGUUGAGGAUCCUUGACCUUCAUUUGGCUCCAAAUCUUGAAAAGUUGAUUCUUGUUGAAUGCAACGAUUUGGAAGAACUCCACAUACCCAGUAGAUGUCUAAACCAUGAAUACCUACUACUCUCUAAUUCAAAAUUGAGGACCCUUGACAUUGGGUUGACUCCGAAUCUCAAGUAUCUGGAUCUUAAAAGUAGUUAUUAUUUGGAAGAACUUCACAUGGCCGAUCAAUGUCAAAAGCUCACGAACCUCGACACUAGUCAUUCAAAGUUGAGGACCCUUGACCUUAGGUUGACUCCAAAUCUCAAGGGGUUAGAUCUAAGUUAUUGUUGUAUCAGUGAUGUUGGCACUGGACUCGAAGAUUUGGGGAAAGUAGGUGAAGCUUCUUCUUCCAUUGAUGGGGAUACCAAACAUGCGUCAAUCCACAAUCAUGAGAACACCAGAUUGAAUCGUUUUCUUCGUUUGAGUCAACCAAUUUGA